AUGAGCGGCGAGAUCGAUGCUGUCUACAUAUUUGACGAGCAAAAGUAUGCGAGUGACCCCCAAAAAUGUGGAAUCUCACUGACACCCUUUUCCAGCGCCCCUCUCGUCGAACAUGUCUACCGAGCCCGCCCGCCUUCGGCCGCGGCCAUCCUGCCCCUCUACCUAGCUCAUGCUGCCCCGCGCCCUUCCUUGCUAUAUUUCCCUAGUACAAGUCCACCGGUGACAGUAUUCUCGAUAAUACAGUCAAAUUUGUUGUUCCUUGCGGUGACUGAAGUCGACACGGAGCCGCUUUUGGUGCUCGAAUUCCUGCAUCGCGUGGUGGAUGUACUCGAGGACUUUGUUGGCGCACCACUUCUAUCGACCAAGAUCCAGGCUAAUUACGAUGUCGUGGCUCAAUUGCUGCAUGAAAUGUGCGAUGGGGGAGUAGUGUGCAGUACCGAGCCCAACUCAUUGCAGGAGGUUGUCGAGGUUCCGGGGUGGAUGGGGAAGCUUCUUAGUGGAAUAAGUGUACCAGGUACUUCCACACCUACUACGAGCAAUCCUCUGAAGCAGUCACUGGCUACGGCUAGUGCAUCUCAAGGCUCCGCAAUCCCCUGGCGACGCCCCGGAGUACGGCAUACAUCCAACGAGCUAUAUGUUGAUAUCAUUGAAUCUCUUUCUGUAACUAUGGCGCCUUCUGGGAGGAUACUUUCUGCAUUGGUAUCUGGAACUAUUGCAUUCACUGCUAGGAUAUCAGGAGUUCCCGACUUGCUCUUAUCAUUAUCAGCUCCUGGAGGCCAACAGUCACUUGCUCGCAAAAUCGAUUUGCCUGUCUUCCAUCCAUGUGUCCGCCUGGCUCGUUGGCGUGAGAAGCCGGGAGAGCUCAGCUUUGUACCUCCCGAUGGCCGGUUCAUCCUGGCUGGGUAUGAAGUCGAUCUUCUUCCGAUAGACCCAGAUCUUGAUCACGCACCCAGCCAUAUGGAGAAAUUGUUCCUUCCCGCGCUUGUUGAUAUUCGCAAAUCACUGGGUCCUACCGGGGCAGAUUUCGAGGUUCGACUAACACUCAAUACCACUUUCCCUGGUCAGCCCUCUCGGCCGAUCCCCUCUCGAGGUGGAUCAGGAACAUCCACGCCAUCCUUCCUUGGUGGAGGCAGUAAUUCCAGUGGACCAGUAUUAGAGGAGGUUGUUGUCAGUGUUCCCAUCUCUAAAGCUGUGCGUCAUAUCACAGAUAUGCAGACCAGCCGUGGUGAUGCCCAGUACUCCCCGAAUACUGGGUUGCUUGAAUGGCGAGUUCCCACAGGCCGUGACGCUGGGACUGUUUCUGGUACAGCAACUCUCCGUUGCACAGUUGCAGGCUAUCCAUCGGCCGAAGACGACUUUGAUAGUUUCGAGGAGGUCGACGAAGAUGCCAACGCAAACCUUCUGCAGGGCUACUAUGAAGACCCUGCAUCCUAUGAUAACCCUUCUACCACCACUACCCGGAAGAAACGGUCAUCCGACCCCGCAAAGAAGAAGAAAAAGAAGAAGAAGGAAAAAUCGGACAAGUCGGAAAAGUCGAGCAAGAAGUCAUCCCGUUCGGCUGCUGUUCUCACCGAAGACGCAGGUGAUGCUCUGGCCGUUUCAGAAGAACCGGUCAAAACCUCUACCUCGCCUUCUCCCAACCUCUCCAGACCUCCUACCCCAACACCUCCUCCACAACCUCAAUCCCAAUCCCAGUCUCAAAACUCCUCGCAACUUCCAGCAUUCUUCGCCCCUUCCUCUGCUCCCCGUCCCGCACCCCGCAGAACCAAAGCCCAAAUCAACGCCAACCUCAUGCCGAACUCGGCAUCCAUCUCUUUCUCAGUGCGCGGCUGGCUCCCCUCUGGUAUUAAGGUGGAAAGUCUGAAUAUCGAUCAGCGCCGCAGCCGUGGUGUAGGCGAGGGUGUCAAGCCGUAUAAGGGUGUGAAGUAUCUGUGUGUGAGUCGACGCGGCGUGGAGCGGCGUUGCUAA